AACCAGGCCAUGGCGGAGGUCCCCGGAGCCCAGCGCCCCGUUCUCGCUGGCGGCCCAGAGCCUCGGGAUCCCCUAGAUUGCUGGGCCUGUGCAGUGCUAGUAACGGCUCAGAAUCUGCUGGUGGCUGUUUUCAAUCUCCUCUUGCUGGCACUGGUGCUGGGGACCAUCUUGCUACCUGCUGUCAUCAUGUUAGGCUUCGGCUUUCUCUGCCACUCCCAGUUUCUGCGCUCUCAGGCACCCCUUUGCACCUCGCAUCUGCGGGACCCAGGCUUCACAGCCCUGUUGGUCACUGGAUUCCUACUGCUCGUGCCGUUGCUUGUCCUUGCCCUGGCUACCUACCGCCGCCUCUGCCUGCGCCUCCGCCUGGCCGACUGCCUCGUGCCCUACAGCCGAGCCCUCUACAGGCGCCGGCGCAUCCCACAGCCGAAGCAAAUCCCAGUCUCACCAGGUUCUCGGUCUGUUCCCACACCGGGAAAGGUCUGGGUCUGAGGUGCUUAGAGUCAAGAAUCCUGUCGAUUGCCCUCCUGGUCUCUCAAGGACUUGAAACAAGCCCAGGGGUGUACUGCCCAAGCCGGUUCCUUACCGCGGCCUGAGCCGGAUCCUACCAUCCCUUUGAUGGAACAGCUGAAUGUGGACGUAGAGCUGGCGAAAAUUCCCAUGUCCCAGAAACGUCAUUCACAUUUGAUUCCUGAACGUUUGGGCUGGACCCUGCACAUCUUCUUUCCCUUCCCUAUUGUAAAUAAGAGAGCUGGACCUUGUGCCUUCCUUUGCUGGUGCAGCUCCUCCAAAAUUUACAGGACUGAGGGACAGGGCUCACACAAAUAAGAGAGAAGCCAUCACAAAUAAUAAAAAAAAAUUAUAAAAUGAAUGCACUCUGUGAAUACAGGGGUGGCACAUAUCCAAUCGCUCCUGCACUGGGCUCAGGAGUAGGAAACGAAUCCUCAAGACUACAAAUGGGCAAAUCAGAGAGCAUCUCUCAGCAUCCUGCCUUUUCCUUAUCGCAUUAGUCCAUUCUUCCUGAUCAGACCCCAGAGUUGUCUGGCCCUGACCCCAAAGUCACUUCCCCAUUAAUAGCGCAGAGAGGGCCUUGUUUCGGCUGCCUACCCAGCUCCCCUUGGGGACCCGAGCCCGUUCUCUGACCCCAGCUUAAAGGAACUGAGUGUUGCCAGGCCGGGGUGGGAAACAAUGGAUCUUCCGGGGCAGGAUGACACCGCUUCCCGCUAGAAACUGAAGCAGGAGCGUGGGAGGGAAGAUGGAGGGGCCCACCCUAGGGCCUGCUGCCUUAAGCUCCUAACUUGAGGGAGGGUUUGGUUCUUCUAGGCAUUGGGGCAGGUUGAGGAAGCUCCUGAACUCUGAUGAACCUCUAAGGGUGGGGUGUGCUAGCCCUCCCCUGACAUUGGACCUACACACAGACACAGGCCACUUUGGUCAUAGGGUUUAAUGGUCUCAAAGAGAAGUGCAAUUGUGGUCAGAGAUACGGGCCCCCCGACAGACUCUCCCUUUGGACUUCAAUAGAAACGAUGUGGUGUCCUGGUACCAUGGCCAGACCCAGCACACGGGGUUCGCCCGCAGAAAAUGAAUCUGG